CCUUCGUGCAUUUUCCAACCUUUUCAAGCUUCCUGAAUAAUAAAAAUGAGUAUUUUAAAAGAACGAGUGGAUUACAAACAUUUGGAAGAAGAAUUGCAUCAAGCUCUGAGAGAAGAUGAACUAUAUCAACUGCAAAAUGACGCAAAAAUUAGAGCAGUUGAACAAAGAGUACCGACCUACAAUCACUUUCGAGAAAUGGUGAAUGGUGCACACUUGAAACCUUUGGAGAAGAAUGAUGUUAAAAAUAAAAUUCCGAUACCACUAAAUAGUUUCGCAAAUCGACCAGAAGAAUGGUCCUUGGAUUCAACAAUCGUCAAAAAUACUGAAUUAGAAAUACCACUUCCCAAAACUGAAGAAAACCUUCCAAAAUCUAUUCCAAAGGACAGAAAAGAAUUCAUGAGUAGGUGGAAAAUAAUAGUGGAUCCUAAUUCGAAAUUUGAAUACUUAGUCAAUACGAGAGAGGAUUUGGGAAGAAUAUUUCUUACUGAAGUGCCCCAGGAAUUUUUCGAGGAGGUGAUUGAUUUGUGCCUAAGUCAAUUAUCAAAUGAAAAAAUCAAAGAUAUGAUUGAUGUUUUCAGUAUAUUUAGUCGGUGCAAUCGAUUUCAAUUAACACUCAUUUUCUUAACAAACGAAAAGAAAAAAGUCUUGAAUCAAUUGCUUCAAGAAAUAAUUUCUGCAGGAAUAAAUGAAUGUAAAGAAUUAAAAGAGAAGUAUGAAAUUAUUUUUAAAUGAUUACUGAAUCUCUGAAUUUAAA